AUGCCCAGGGUUGUUGCAAUUCACGUCGAUCCGGACGGCACUCUAGGGCCAGCAAACGAAUAUCAAGACUCGACAGCGCUCCAAACGUUGCUCUGCCAAAGGACACACACCCAGACCCAGUCGGCGGCGGCGCUCCGGACUAUUUACAUCCUCGAGGCUCUUUCGCCAGACUUCGUCGCAGUCCUCGGAAGCCACUUUCAGCUCCAUCCGACGUUAUUUGCAGAUCAUGACAGGCUGGUCGCCUUAGAAAACAGAGCCACUGGAGAGCUCGGCGGGAUCCCAUUCCUGCCAUCGGCUAUUCACGGCCGGGACUUUGUUUCUCUCAAAUACCACGAGCCAUUGCGCCUGUCCAGCCCGCCCCCUGGGUUCCGGAAUGUGUGCGACGUGUCUGGGCGGCAUAUUGCCGUCACCAGGAUCGCCGGAAGCUUCUCCGACGUGGUGAUCGCCCGACGAAAAUGCACCUUCUGGACAAGGAAGACCGAAGGUGGAGGAUGGGAUUGGCUCAUUGUCUGUGAUCCCCCCAUAAAACGAAUUCUUACCAACUAUUCGGGCCAAACGGGCUACAACGUCACCACCGUGCCAUACAAGGGUGGUUAUCGAGAUUUCAUGCCUCUCAGAAACCAAAUCAAGAACCUGUCGGCACCGCCGAGGACGUCGCUCUUGGACGACCUCAUCUUCUACCUCUACACAUACUCAGACACACUUAAUCCGGGAGACCCUCUCUCUCUGAGAGUCUUUAUCGAGAAGAUCAUCGCUAGCCACUACUUGAAGCUAUCCGAGUUGAUCCUAACACUCAUCGAGAGAAUACAAUUCGACUUCUCCCGCAAACGCGACCUGUCGAGCUUUGUUAUUUCGGCAGUGGAAGAGCAGUGGAGCGACGUGCAAGCUUUGCAAAGGCGCAUUGGUGAGUAUCAAGAUGACCUCGAAGCAACCAUGCUGCAGUUGCGAAUAUCGUUUGAUCACCCCGACGUCGAUCGCGAUUCAGACUGGAAAUACAGUGCCGUCGACUACCAGUUCCUCUACCUGCGCUUCAAGGAGAUCGGUCAGCGGGCAAACAGCUUGAACGGCUCCACGGCGGCCUUAGCAAGCCUCACCAACAGUCGACAGGCGGCAGCCGCACAAACAUUAGCGCUGGAGGCAGCAGAGAGAUCGAUUCGAGAAGCAAAGAGUGUGAAGGCCCUCUCAAUCUUGGGCGUUAUCUUCAUCCCGCUUGCUUACGUCGCCUCACUGUUCAGCAUGUCCCAGCCUUACAACCCAGGGGGAGAACAGUUUUGGGUCUAUUUUGUGGUUGCGUUUCCAAUGAUUGGGGUUGUUUUGUUGUGCUAUUAUACCCUUGAGCUGGGAUAUGCCGCAGGCGGAAUGCGCUGGCCAUAUCGGAGUGUUAUGGCCAUUGUCAAGCAGCGCCUCAAACAGCAAUAA